CCAUCACUCAACAACGCCUGUCCUGCAAACCUCAACGGAAAAACCUACCGGAAUUGUAGUAAGGUUAAUCAAUGGCUGUUUCAUCACCGGAAAAUGAAAAGGAGCCGAUCCACUCCGCCGUCGCCGACGAUGAGUACGAAGAAUUCGACGAAGAGGAAGAUGAUGAUGAGGAUGAGGAGGAACUAGAGACGCUGGGUCAAGAUGCCGGAAUCCCGAUGGACAGGGCGAGGAUGGAGAGCCUGGUCCGGCAAUUGUCGAGGCGGGGAGUGCCGGUGCGAGUCCACAGCGUGCUGAUCAAGGGAAACGCUAACACUAAAGAUUCCCUCAUCGAAGCCGAGUUGGAGGGCUUGAAGUCCGCCUCUACGGUCCAGGAGUUGCUCCAGGCCGCCAGUAUUGCCAAUGCUCGGCUUCAGCAGCUCGGAAUUUUCGAUUCCGUUAGCAUCACUCUCGAUGCCGGCCCGCCGGAGCUCCCUGGGACUGCAACCGUGGUUGUUGAGGUUGCCGAAGCUGAAAACUUUCUAACGGGGGACGUUGGAAUCUUCUCGAAACCUGAGGAUAGAAGUUGGUCACUUGAAGGCUCAUUAAAAUUGAAAAACUUGGUUGGUUGUGGGGAUUUGUGGGACGGUUCUUUGUCCUAUGGCUGGGACCAGACAUCAGAGGUUAGUGCUGGUGUGACGUUCAAAAAGUUUACUCCCGUGACUGCUAGAUUAUCUCUACUUUCUAAUGAUUGGUUCAAGUUUUCUUCUUACAAAGACCAAGCUUUAGGCCUUUCUCUUGGCCUUUUAUCAUCUAGAAACCAUGAGCUAGUAUUCAAUACCUCUUGGCGACCUUUGACAGAACCCUCACAAACAGCAUCUACGGCUGUAAGACAGCUGCUUGGACAUGAUUUACUUUCUGUCCUGAAGUACACAUUUAAAAUUGACAAGAGAAAUUCAUCUUGGAGACCAACCCGUGGAUAUGCAUUUGCUUCUACGUCACAAAUUGGUGGCCUUGCACCAGACUAUCAGAGCUUAUGCUUUCUUCGUCAGGAGUUUGGUUUUCGUUAUGCUUUACCUUUGGGAUUUUACAAUGCUGCACUAAACAUUGGAAUUUCUGCUGGUGCGAUUUUCCCAUGGGGAACUGGAUCCCUGAACAGGCCUUUGUAUCUUCGUGAGAGGUUUUUCAUGGGGGGUAAUUCUUCUCCGGUCUGCUCGUUUGGGGGCCCGAUAUCUAUAUUGGGUUUUAAGUCAAGCGGGCUUGGCCAUGCUGAGCCUCAAAGCGAAGUUAGAGAAGGUGCUAACAGUGAAAGUUCUAAUUUUUCUGGAGAUCUUGCUGUUACUGCUUUUGCAGAUCUUUCGUUUGAUCUUCCACUGAAGCUAUUCAGAGACGCUGGGAUUCAUGGCCAUGCAUUUGCCUGUGCUGGAAACCUUGACAGAUUGACUGAAAAUACAUUCCGAGACCUCUCUCUCCAGAAACUCCAAGAAUCAUACAAGGCCUCAGCGGGAUUUGGAAUUGUUGUACCACUUAAGCGACUCAGAAUGGAGGUCAAUUACUGCCACAUACUGAAACAACAAGAGCACGACAGAGGGAAGACCGGUUUGCAGCUAAGCUUUUCUUCUUCAUCAUCAUCAUAGAAGCCACAAAUUUUUCGUUUCUUCAACUUGAUAUCAUGAUCAUCUAAUGAAGGUAAAAAUUCAUCGCUUUUUGCCCGUUUUAGAUGGCUUUCACUUUCAGAUUGAUCUCUUCUCUACUUCAAUCAAGUAUUCUAUGAUCCAACAAUUACAAUUUACAACAUUCAAUCUCCAAGAAAAAUGCUAUUCAGUCAAACAUUGUAGGCUUGUAGCAUCUUUGUAAUCUAGUUGAGGAAUAAGACAAAAUGGUUGGUUGAUAUUGAGACAGGAUUACCAGCAGGAGAUUACUUUUUAUGUGGUAUGAAAUAAAGAAUGCUUUCUCUUUGGAUCAGUUGGACUAUA